CAUCCUACUGCUGGGAGGGUCAUAAGAAUGGAGGAGACAGUGCAUGCUAAAUGGUGGACACAAUUUGGAUUAGGUGAUGGAGGAGAAGAGGUGGGAUCAGAGAGUUCUGACAAUGAAGAUGAUACCUUAUUCUACCCAUUUGCAUCACACCUGGACUGGCAGGUAGCAUGUUGGGCUGUGCAAGAGGGUACAGGAUACAAAGCAUUUGACAGGUUGUUAGCUAUACCAAGCAUAGAGCAUUUAGGGUUUGCAUAUCAUAAUAUCAGAGGACUCCAUCAAACCAUAGACAGCAUCCCUUCACAUGCUAAAUUACAAUUAACUUACUUGGCCUUCAAUGAUACACUGGACUAUAAGCAUGAACUACACUACUGUAAUCCAUUGGAAGCCAUUCAAACAUUGCUGGGAAACCCUGCUCAUGCUGAAGAUAUUGUAUACAAGCCUUCAAAAGUAUUUACCAACCCAUCUCAUUCAAAUCACAUAUGUAAUGAGAUGUGGAUAGGU